GAUAUCGGUGCGAAUCUGUUGGACGAGAUGUACGACGGGCGGUACAACGAUAAGCAGUACCACCCGCCGGACUUAUCCGCCGUACUAGAUCGCGCCUGGGCAGCUGGAUUGCAACGGCUUAUCAUCACCGCCGGGAGCUUGUCUGAGGCUCGUAGAGCGCUGGAGCUGGCCAAGACAGACGAUCGUCUCUUCUGCACAGUGGGCUGCCACCCCACCCGUUGUGGCGAGUUCGAGUCCCACCCGGGGGGGCCCGAAGUGUAUCUGCAGGACCUCCUGGCGGUACUGCGGGAGGGUCAGGCGGCUGGCAAGGUGGUGGCGGUUGGCGAGUGUGGACUGGGGACUGGGGAGGGGCGGUUGGAAGCGGGACGUGUACGGGUGGCGUCUGUUUGUACGUCUGUUCGUGCAAGGAAAGAAGACCCCAUCCGUGGGUUUCUUCACCUCCGGGCCGCCGCGGAGGAUUUUCUGGAGAUUGUACGGCGACACGUGGCGGACUUCCCCCGGGGAGGUGUCGUACAUUCUUUUGACGGCACUGCUGAUGAGUGUCGGCGCAUUUUGGAGCUCCCCCAGCUGGGCGUAGGUGUGUGUCUCAACGGCUGCUCCCUCAAGACGGCGGACAACCUGGCUGUGGUGAGCGACCUGCCCCCGGACAGGAUCAUGAUUGAAACUGACUGCCCCUGGUGUGAGAUCCGACCCACCCACGCGAGUCGCAAGUACCUGUCCCCCUCGUCCCUGUCGGGGCCGGGGGGAGCCCGGGACCGGAAAAAACACGAUCCGUCGUGUCAGGUGAAGGGCAGGAACGAACCGGCAAACAUCAGGCAUGUGCUGGAGGUGAUCGCGGGUGUGAAGGGCCUGAGCGCGGAGGAGCAGCUGCGGGAGCUGGCGGACCAGAUCUACACCAACACCGAGGCCUUGUUCUUCCCCCCCAUCGGGGUGGUUGGGGAGGGGGGGAGGGAGGGGUAG